GACACAUCAAGUAUGUCAGGAGGAAGUGUUGGUGCAUCUAACAGCUCACCCCGUCCGCCUCAGGCUCCACAUACAGCUCAUCACCGACCCGGGACAGGGACUGGAUGGCUUUGGCCAAAACUGGACGGUCUGAGGAACGCUGCUGCACUCAAUCUCCUCCCAUCCCUGGUGAUAUAAAUGACUGCUACUGAAGACUGAGACUAAAACAGCCGUAUUGUACAGAAACCACAGACGUUUGAGGACAUAAAGACUUUGGAAGGAUGUGGAACAACUAGGAUCAGGAGUCGCUCAGUGUUUGGCACAGCUCUGAGCUAAAAGAACACAAUGAGAAACAGUCUGCUGCUGAAACGUGUCUGAAGAUCAGAGUGGAGAAAAGUCCUGUUUAAGCUGAAGGAGAUAGACUCAUCUUGAUAUUUGAGGUGAGAAACUCUGAAGGUGAACAUGAAAAAGAGGAAAACAAACAUCCCAGGAAAUCUUUUACCACGAGAAGUUGGACAAAAGGUUGAUGUGAUUCAUACACAGUUUGUUUGUGCUGUUUAAAACCACACCACUCCAGUUAAGUCCAGUAGCUGCUGUUUUUUAAAUGCACUUAUUGCUGGCAUGUUUUUUUUUUUUUUGUGACGUCUGGAUUUGAUACACAGCAGUUCUGUUCCUAGAUGUCUCAGUCACAUAAUCCCACCACAGACACUCAAGCCUUGCUGCAGUCAAUGCUGCAGAGACUGAAGCUCCAGCCAGCAAGAGAAAGCCAGUCAUGCCUGCACGCAUCUGUACCCAUCGCCUCUGCUUCUGUGUGGGGACAAGAUGGUCAGAGAGGAGCUUCACACUUUCAGAGAGUAAACAACAGUCCUGUGAACGGGUUUGAAUCAAAGGAGGAGAUAAAAUGGGGAUUUGCUGCUAAUGGUGCCCCCUCAAAAGACUUUGUGGACAGUAAUCUUGGUCUCAAAGGUAGGGAGAUACAGCAACCAAGUCCUUCCUGUGAAGACAGCAGUCUCACUUCCUCCUCCUCCCAAAAAGACAACAUUGACAGUAACAGGGGUGAGAACAAGGCAGUACAUGGGAUCACCACAUCAGAAACUGGGCAGCUCUUUCCUGAAACAUCACAUAAGGAUGCAGAUGUCACUUCCUUUGAGAGGACUGGGAGUUAUGGAAAUUCUGCAACAGAAAAUCACAUACCUAGUGAUAAAGACGCAACAGUGGUACAGAGUCAGGAUCAACUUCAAGGCUUCAUACCAAGAGUUUAUGCUUGGUCCUUGAAGACCACAGAAACUACCGCAGGAACUCAAGAAACUCAAGUGUCAGGUGUGGGAAAUGGAGGUUUUGGAGCUUUAGCACAAAGUAAAGAUGCACAAAUCAUCUCCAGUGGCCACAAAACAACAAAUGGUAGCUCUAGAAGAAAACUGAGACCAUCUGAGAAUAAAACCAGGAGGUGGACUCAGAAAAUCAAGGAGAAGUGGAGGGACAGACCAGGGAGUUUUGGUAAAAAAGAAAAAGAAGAGGGGGCCAAAGUGGACCAGAGUGAGCAUGGAGCUGAAAAUUCACCACAGAACCAGCCACUGGCAACAGGAAAUCUGAUCCAUUUGCUAAAUGAGGAGGGGGAAAGGAGCUUGACUUCACCCAACAGCAGCAAUCACAGGGAAACCCCUGUCACACAGUCUGUGGAUAGCAUUAGUGAGGAGAACAGCAGACCUGCCAAUGACUUUGACUUUGGCCUGGGCACCUUCAGUCUACUGGAUGAGAUUGUCAGGGGUCAAGAGUGGGCUAAGUUUCUAAACCCCACUCUACCAGCCCCUACAGCCCAUCAGAGGCAACCAGAUGACACACUGGACCAACUCAAAAUUCCACAAAAUCCUUAUGACAGCGGUAAAUCGUCUCUGAUUUCAAACCAAAAUGUAGGUGGGAGCAACACAUGGAGCCUCAGGCUGUCGUCUCAAAGCUCAUCACCAGACUUCAGCAUGGCUCAAGUAUCACCUGAUGCUUCUGUGCCUGUCAACAUGGACAUUACAGACGGAAAACAAGUGCAGGAGGUUCACAGACAGGCCGAUCAGUCAGAGCCGAUGGAGCACAUCCAGUCUGAACAAAGUGGACUGGGACAGCAACUUAGACCUCCUGCUGCAGAGCCAGUGAAUAUUGUGGAUAACUCACUGCUCAAGGGCAGACUUUACAUCAACAGGAAGAGGCAGCAUCAGCCAGAGGAGAGGAGACCAACUGAGAUGACAACCGAUGGAAAAGACACAGGGUCCAUAUUUUCACCAAGCAGCUGUGAGAUGGACGAGACAGGGGGGUCACAACGUCAUAACAUCACGUCUUUAUUCAUCCAGAACUCCUCACCUUCUCCCUUGUCUCCAUCCACUUCCUCUCCUUGUUCAUCAAUACCACGAGGUGUACUCAAGUACUCUGUAUCCCAGGAGUCAGAGUCCUCAAUGGAAACACUGACAAAAAGGAGGCGAGUUGAGGACGCCCGCCAUGUUCAUUUUUCAGAGGAGGUGGUUACCAUAGUGCCUCCAGAGCUAGAUCUGGAUACUUCAUAUUCUGAGGAGGAUUCAGUGGCAGAGGAUGACUCGGUGAUAGAGGAUGAUUAUGAGGUGGAUCAGGCAGAGGCGGUGGCGUUGCAGGAGGUGAUACCAGCCCGAAGACCGGCUCUACCUGCCUGGAUACGAGCUCUGAAGAGGAAGAACACAGGAAGGAAGCACAGAUAGUGACUGUUCAACUGCAAAAAGUGUAUUUUCAGGCAAAGGCUCCGCCUCUGGACCUUUCUUCAUUGAUGAUACAAAAUAAGACAAAGGAGGAAACAGGCAUGAAUAUAAGCAGAAGAGAUUCUGGAGUUGGAAAAGAGGAUCUGAGCAUUCCUCACACACAGUAUGUUUGGGCUCUAAAAGUCAAUAAGCAUCAUACUGUGAAUAUCAUACACCGUGUUUUGAAGGUGAGGGUGUUUUUUAUGACAACAGGGCUGCAGCUGUGGACAAACAUGCUGAAAAAGUUGUGCUAAAGCCCUGAAUCUGCCUACAGUGUUCUUUUGACAGUGAAAAUAUAUAACCCUCAUUAACCAUAUGGACAUUAACCUCCAAAAUGACAUUCAUCGCCUGCUAUAAAGUUGAGUUGUACAUGUUUUUAUUUCAAGUUUGUGCUGUUUCUGCAGGAUGUGUGUUACUUGUGUCCAUAAAGCUUUUUCUUGGUCAUUGGUGAAACAUCAAAUUAAACCUACAAAUUAUUGUGGUUACAACAGUAAUUUCUUUGCCAAAUGCUAUGAAGAAAUGAAGCCAAAAUCAAAAAAAAAAAAAAGUGUGCUUAAAGACUUCAUUGAACACACUGGUCUAUGAGUGAAAUGUCACCAGAAUAAAAGUAGUGAAACCUUACAAAGUUUGAGUCACUAAGAAGGAAAGAUUAAGUCAGAAAUACUGGUUGGCUGUAGUUUCCAACAUACAGUCUUGAGUCAAAAUGUGAAAUUGUGAGAAUUAAUAAGAGGAUAGGUUUUACUCAAAUGGAACGUUUGUCUCAGAGGUACCAGAUCUACUUAAAGACACUGUCUGCACAUUACAAUACAUUCACUUUACAGGUUCUUUGUAGUGGGAGAUUUAUAAGUCUAUUUUAUAAAUCUACAUAAACCAAUAUGUGUAAUAACACUUUAUGGAAUGCAUAGAAAACAUCAGCUAACCAGCACUUUUGUAAUUUGUUUUCCAAUUUGUUUUAUUGAAGUGUGUAAUAUUUAGCCCAUUUAAUCUCUGAGGCAGAUAAAAAAAAAAAAAAAAAGUAAACCAGUGACAUUACUGACAUCCAGUGUCUGAUAAUGUAACAACAAAACAUAACCUACUACAUUAAACCUAAUGAAACUACUGCUGGCCUUACCAUUUUUGAACAGUUUUAUAAUAUGGUUUUAUAAUAGAAUGUAUUCUUAAAAAUUCAACAAGAAGCCAGACAGUGCACAGGUGCUUUUUCUCAUAGUUUUAUUUUGUCCAUAGAGAUGCUGCAGCUUCAUAGAAGAACCAAAAGCAGCGAAAAGAGUACUUUAUGCUGUUGUGUAUCAUAUUCUAUCAUUUCCGUUACAUGCAUUGUAUUAAUCUCCCUGAUGAAAUUAGAACAUCAAACUGCUGUCAGUUUUUCUGUGGCUUCAAUUCACAGCUAUAUUCUCCUGUAAAUCACUGUCAGAGCCAUUAAGAGGCUCUUUAGCAGAAGUAUUAGUGCCCUGGUCAAAGUGGUGGGGGUUUGGGGAGGGAGACAUCGAUGUACAUGAUGUGAUGAAGAGACGUAGAGAGCCGGACAGACAGAAAAUGACAUACAGUAAAUGUCUGAGAUGAAGCUGUUGGAGUUCAGACAAUCGUAAUGUAGUUUGGGAAAGAUCUCAUUAGUCCAUUAGUCUGUGCAGAAACGGCUCCUACUGAGCUUCAUCGCCCAGAAGUGGACUAAUAAUGGCCCAUUUGUAAACCUCAAACCAUACACACAUUUAUCCCACUGCUCCUGCCUCCAUAAAACACACAUACGUCAUAAUAGUUACUGACCAUAUGUCCUUCAGAGGUUCCUAUGUGCUUUUAUUCAUGCAGGAAAGUAUGUGUGUGCAAACAUAAGCACAAAGAGAAAUAUAAUGUGGUUUAUUCUGCUAAAGGGAAAUGAGAGACGAUGAUUUGAGCUUUAAUGACUAGGCUGAAAAAUAGGAGGUUAUACAGCUUAUGUUGCAGGGUGGAUAUAAAAAGAAAAUAAAGUCAUUUAUAGCUGUUUUUAUUACAAUAUGCUUCCCUCUGUGCAUAAUACCUAUUUAAAAGGUGACUAUACAUUGACUCAGAUCUUAAAUCUUUCUCUUUUUGCAUUUUAUUAUCCAGGAGAGUCUGGUGUAUCAGAUAUUAUUUUGGAACACAAAGCUUUAUUUUCUUCUCCCCGUGUGGCAGCCUCUUGGUUCAUCAUUUUCCAGUUCCAUAAAACUAAAGGAUUCAAAAACCCAGAAA